AUGGUCAUCAUUCUCGCAGGAGAACUACUCAAGAAACCAGUGAACUUUCCUGUGAUGGGCCUCCACCGUAGCGAAGUCAUCAAGGGAUACAAACUCGCAUGCGCCAAAGCCCUCGGUGAACUCGAAACCUACUGUCCCCUUUCACACAGGAGCAGCCCUCAAACCCUUUCAACUCGUUUCAGACAACUUGAAAAAAUCUUCAAAGAAAUCCCCGAUUCGGGCAUCGAAGUCAUCAUCGCAGGCUCAUUCAUCAGCGACUUCGCCCUACACUACCUCAAUCGCUUCAACAUCGCUGUUCUCAAGGCCACACCUCUUGCGCACACACCCCAGAGGAAGCCAGGCCACGUCGAGACGACGGAGAUCAGUGGAGACCGUGUCACCAGGGGUGACGGCCAACCAUCUCGACGAUCUCGAGCGCCACGGCUAGUUCCUGGCGUAGAUACGACGGAGCCGGAGCUAGGAAAGCGUGUUUAG